AUGAAUUUAGAGGAGUACUUCAGAAGAAUUGGGUUCCACGGCUCCUACAAUAAGCCGGAUCUGGAAACACUGAAGUUGAUCCACAAGCUGCACGUCUUGUCAAUCCCCUUUGAGAACCUCAGCAUUCACUGUGGUGAGAGGAUCAUCAUGGACCUGGAGGUGAUCUUCAAUAAGGUGGUGAGGAGCAGCCGAGGAGGUUGGUGCCUCGAGAACAACUUUCUGUUUAACUGGGUGCUCAGAGAGAUGGGCUACGACACAACAAUGUUCGGCUCCAGAGUUUUCAGCAGUGUCCUCAAUGACUUUCUCUCUGAUGAAAGUCAUCUCAUCAACAAGGUCAUCAUCGAUGGAAAGGCUUACAUAACAGAUGUGAGUUUUGGGGUGUCAUUCCAAAUUUGGGAGCCCCUGGAACUCAUCUCUGGAAAAGACCAGCAUCAGGCAGCGGGGGUGUUUCGUCUCCAAGACAAAGGGGACAUCUGGGUGCUGGAGAAGACUGCUAGAAAACCACUGGUUGUCAAUCCAGAGUUUGCUAAAUCGAAUCUGGUGAGCAGGUAUGAAACAAAGCAGAUCUACUGCUUCACACAGAAGUCUCGCGGGCCUGAACAUUUCUUAGAGACAAACCACAAACUCCAAACAGACCCUGCGAUACUGUUCACCAAUAAGUCCAUCUGCUCUUUGCAAACCCCCACAGGAUUCAAAGCCCUGAUUGGCUGGACCUACUGUGAGGUCACCUACAAACCUGAGGAAGGUGUUGAUGUCAUAGAUAUGAGGGACGUUACAGAUGAUGAGAUAGAUCAAAUUGUGAGAGAACAGUUCAAUAUAAAGCUGCAAAGCAAACUGCAGCCCAUUAACAAAAAAGUUUCCUACACAAUCUAGAUAUUCUGCUUUGAUGUAGAUUUUAAACAAUGGCAUGGCUAAAGCUGAUUGCAUGUUUUGUGUGAUUAAAAAAAAAAAUGCAAUUCUUGGUGUAAGAGAAGUAAAAUUACACUUUAAUUGUGUUAUUUCAUUUUAUUUAAAGGCACUUUUGCAGGCCCAGGGUUGCAAUCUGACAUUUAGAUCACAUACUUUUACAUUUUUCACUUUAGUAUGAAUUUCAGACGAAAGCCUGCAGGCCUAUAAUCUGUACCUUAGGUGAUGGAAAGAUGAAAAUGUAUAUUUGGUAUAAUAUUUGAAGCAUUAUCCACUGUAAAUACCACUAAUAAAUUCUUGCCUGGUCACAUGCUAACUUAAUUUUUCAAAUGCCGUGAUAAUUACAUAUGUGUGAUUUGAAUUAAAUAAAAUGGACAAGCAUUCCUACUGAGUUCACAUCAAAAGUUAAGUCAAUCAUGUAACAGACUUAAUUGCCACUUUUAGUAUAAAGUUGAUUUUGAACUGCCUUAAAAUAUAAACAUAUUUGAACCCUAUAGGCUUACCUGUACUAUUAUUUUAUGUGCGAUUAUCUAAUUAUGAUCAUCUUUACUUUGCAAUAUUUGAACUUGGCCAUAUUUUGUAAAAGUAAAACUCCAAAGUAUAGAUAAGUAAAGUUAAAUGUAAUUUUUAUUGUCCUAUAUCCUAAGCUAUAAUGUUCAUCUGACUGCAUAAUUUGUGUGGACAGCUUCUGUUUGAGUCCUGUUAUGAUGAACUUACUUUCCUGUUAAAUUGUCCUAAUUUAAAUUUCUUUAAAACACAUAUUUUAAACCUGUAAAUAUCACAGUGCUUGUAGUCUAAAUUUGAUCUAAGUCACAUUUUUAAAACAAUCUGAUAUAAAGGUAUUCAUUUAACUCUUAUUGUUGUUUGUUUAACAUUGUAGUUAUUGUAUUUCUUUGCCUAUCUCACUCCUUAUAUGCAGCUUCUUUUCAACUGUUUUUCAGUUAUGUUGCAGUAUUUUUAUUUUCUAUCAUUUUAUUUUUUCUCCUCUCAUGUACUUUCUGACUUUGAUUUUGAAAAGUAUAAAAAAUAAAGUUUAUGGAUAGUAUUAACAUUGUAA